UUUGGGCGCUGCGCUGCCGGCGCGGUGUCCUUCAGCCAAGCUUCGUGAGACGUCCCGCAGCUCGGACCCCGGCGUUGGUCUUGCUGGUUCUCUUGGUUGCCGGCGGUUCGAGGCUUAGGCCUCCAGUGGGAACGGUGUCACCAUGAUGACCGGUCGGCCGGGCCGAGUGCCCUUAAAGUUCCUACCCGAUGAGGCGCGGAGCCUGCCUCCGCCCAGGCUGAACGACCCGCGGCUCGCCUACAUCGGUUUCAUGGGCUACUGCUCCGGCUUGCUGGACAACGCGCUGCGACGGAGGCCGGUGCUCACGACGGGUUUGCAUCGCCAGCUUCUAUAUGUUACUUCCUUUAUUUUUAUUGGAUAUCAACUUUUAAAACGUCAAGACUAUCUGUAUGCCCUGCGGGACCAUGACAUGUUUGCAUAUAUAAAGGCUCAUCCUGAAGAUUUUCCUGAAAAAGAGAAGAAAACUUACAGUGAAAUUCAUGAAGAAUUCUAUCCAGUGCGUUGAGGAUGCCAGAUUGCUCUGUUUUCACAGAAUGUUAUGGAACAUCUUUCUAUAAUACACAUGUUGCAUUCACUUCUCUGUUGACACAUUGUGAUUAAAAUGGUGAUUAUGAA